UCCUCGUUGUGGAGCAGGAAGCUAGUUUCUGCAGCAUUAGCGCCUUUUUUGUGCUAUUGAAACUGUUUUCUCCCAAGAAAACGACUCAUGUCUGAAAUUUAACGGUUCCGACAAUGAAAGUGGCAGAUACAUAUAUGAGCUUACAUAUUUUACUGACAGCCGGGGCGCUGGUGAACGCGUUUGAUCCGAUCACAACAACAGUGGGAGUCGGUUUGUUGGCGACUCUGGGCCGAACUGUCUACAAAUAUUUUCACGAAAGUUGCGAUAAGAAAUGGAUCGGCUUCAACUCAACAGGACUAAAGAUGGACCUGGAUGAGAAGCUUUUUGGACAGCACAUCGCAUCACGCAUUGUUUUAAAGGCUGUGAAUGGAUUCAUGAGCAACGAGAAACCAAAGAAGCCUCUGGUUCUGUCUCUACAUGGAUGGACUGGCACCGGGAAGAACUUUGUCAGCAAGCUCAUUGCUGAAAACGUUUACAAAGAAGGAAUGCACAGCAGCUUUGUCCACGUCUUCACAUCAACACUUCACUUCCCUCAUCCCAGUCAGUUAGCCACCUACAAGUCUCAGUUACAGCAGUGGAUCAAAGGAAACGUCUCCAACUGUGAACGCUCCAUGUUCAUCUUCGAUGAGAUGGAUAAGAUGCACCCCGGACUGAUUGACGGGAUCAAACCGUACCUGGACUACUACGACAAGCUGGAUGGAGUUUCAUAUCAGAAGUCCAUCUUCAUCUUCCUCAGUAACGCUGGAGGGGAAAGCAUCGUGCAGACAACUUUAGAUUUCUGGAACGCGGGACGAAAUCGAGAAGAGAUGGAGCUGAAAGACCUCGAAACGUCUCUCUCACUAUCUGUGUUCAACAACAACAAAAGUGGCUUUUUUCACACGAGUCUGAUUGACAAGAACCUGGUGGACUUCUUCGUGCCGUUCCUGCCUCUGGAGUACCUGCACAUCGUCCAGUGCGUCGUGGCUGAGAUGAAAGCCAGAGAACUUGAACCGGACAUGGACGUGGCAGACAAGGUGGCCAGAGAUUUGGUCUAUUUCCCCAAAUCUGAGCGAGUGUUCUCCGUUAAAGGCUGCAAGACGAUAGAGAGCAAGCUGGACUACUACAUAUAAUGUCACCGUCCACCGGAGGCCGUGUUCAGUCACUACGUGCACUUUUUAAAAGAAAAGAAACUCUUGCAGUCAAAUGACUAAGACAGGACAUGAAGCUGACUGUUUGACCUUUGAGAUGACAUCAGGAGGCCUUCUCCAGUCGUGCUCACUCUAAAUGAAGUGGGUGAAUAAAAGACUGGAAAACGAUCCGUGUUCUGAGUUACGGAGUCUGAACUGAAGAGUUGACCUCACCACAGUCUUAGAGACAGUCAUUUGAAUAAUGAACCAAAGAGUCCUUCUCUUGUGUUCUUUGUACUGCUGAACUGAAAGUACAUGCCUUAAUUUUCCAUCUAGCAACUUUUCACUGGAUUUAUUUUACAGUGUGCCAGCUUUUUAUUAGUGGUGGGAAUUCAAAAAGCGUUCAAUACAAUUAGACACAAUACAAUACAAUUAUUAGUGGUGGGAACCUUUGAUUCAG